UGCUAAUUUCAAGCAGAAAAGCAGGAAAUGUGACAGUGUAUUUUUCCGCUUCCAUAAACAAGACGACUGCCAGAGUUAGCUGCCUGUGUGCCUCUGGGCUGAGUCUCCCUCUGAGGGAGAUAGUCACACUGACAGAGAGAGUGAGGAAGGCACAAGAGAGAGGGAGAAAGUGAGAGAACAGGAAAGAGGGGAAGCAGAAAGACAGGAAAACCCAUCAGAAGAAAAAGAGAGACGGGGAAAGAUUUGACAGAGGACGAGGAGAAGGGAGACGAAGAGAUCAAAAGACAGACUGAGCUGAAUAUCAGUCUGUCUUCUUCUCCUCUGACAGAACGAAGUCAUGGCUGAGAACAACACUAAUCUGUUUCUGGAAAUACUUCAGUCUUUUGAUGCUGUCCCUCUGAUAAUAGCUUUCUGUGUGUCCAUGGCGGUGGGCCUGGUCUUGGGGGCCCUGGUUUAUGUGAUUUUGACCUGGAUGUCCCGACGUAGAGCAGGCUCUGCCAGCAUCACCCGCCGCCCUCCUCGCCAUUCACGCAUGUCUUCCCGCAACCGCCCAGGCUUUAACCGCAACAGUAGCUAUGACAGGCGAAGCAACAACAGUUUGGUCAGUGCUGCUUUCAGCUUCCACCGCCACACUUCCCCCCCAGAUCAGCUCGACCCACUGGGACAUAAAUCCAGCUUCAGGGCCUCCACCUUCCACCCUCUCCUCCAGUGCAGCCAAAUCGCAAGAGAGGCAGAGGAGGGGAGUCAGACCACGCUGCCUCGCACACCGACUCUGACCACGUCGGCUGGAUCAGCUCAAACAGCAGCCCAGCCAGCUGCCAACUCACCCAGACCAGAGUCAUUUUGGGGGAACAAUGGUGUGAGGAGUUUCCAUGCUACACAGACCCCACCUCCAGCAUAUGAGAGUAUUAUUAGAGCUUAUCAGGAAACUUGCACCUGAGGAAUGAGAGAACCAGGCUGACUCAAACUACAUGAGCCCAGAGUUGUAAAUGGAUUUACAAAUGAUAUGGGACGAAAUCUGUAUUGACUUAUAUGACCAAGGGGGAGCUGAGUGGAGCAAACAAGGGCAUUGAGGUAAACUGUGUGCCCUGCUCUACACAAUAACACUCAAACAACAAUCAGUUUUGUAUGUCUUUAGGUUUGUUAAUAUAUCUCUGGUGUUGACAUAAGCAUACUUGCCUUUCGUCAUUAAAUACUGAUGUAAAAUAUUUUUUAAAACAGCCUCCUACUUCCUCUUAAAUACGAGCAUCUGUAUUUCAUGGUGAUUGGCAAUCAUGUAUGCUUGCACAGAAUCUUUGUUUAAUUUAGACAAGGCAAGAAUCUCCAAAGACUGGUGACCGGGCAUUUAUGCUGCAAAGCAAGACUUCUCCUUUGUCCCUGCUGAUCAUCUGAUUAUGCAAAAGAGAGAAUGAUUGUGUGUGUGUGUGUGUGUUAAUCUGUGAUGCAUACAUUGUAAAUGUUUCCUUGAUCUCAUGCAAAAACCUGCUGGAGACAGCUUUUGUUCUUUUAAUUGUUGAUUCAUGCCGUUGUUUUACAGAGCUGUGGUAUUGUGGAUUGUGUAUGGGGCAUUCAAAACUAUAUGUGUGAUUGCAUGUAGAGUAUGUGUGAGCGUGUGUGUGUGAGAGAGAGAGGCACAGAAAAAUGGGCAUUGUGUCAGAGGUUUUGUGUUUUAUAUUUGAAUGUUAUUUUGCUUAUAA